CCAUUGUAAGAUAAGCAAAGAAGUUCUUUAAUUGACAUAUUACAUUUAAUUAUGCAAUUUAUGAAGUAAACAUGGAAAUUCAAUGGAAUAAAAAGAACUUGGAACGUCCGAUGAUGAACGUAUGGAACACGAGUAGACAUUCAAUUGAUCUGUCUAAGUUCAUGUCAGCGUUAGAUGCUGCGAUCAAAGAUCUUAAUUCGCAAGAUGUAUUGCACACAGAAGCGGCAGUACUGAGUCGAUUGAUAUAUCGAAUGAAGAGUAAAUUCCGCAACGACAAGGGUAUGAAGAAUAUGGAGAAGGUGAACAGAGCCCUUCUGAAUUACCUGGAAAUAAACUUGCUAAAGGAAUUCAAAGACGUAAGAAACUGUGUCGAGAUUGACGGUCUUGCCAUCAACUUACCAACCAAACAAAUGGUUGAAUACCUUUUAGUGAGAACUCAAGGCUUCGCCAAACUUAUGUGCCGAGUUGAAAGUGUCGCUAGAUCAGCCGCACGGUUCUUCAAUGCUAGAAUCACCAUUGGACAUGCUUGGACUAUUUCAGUCGUUGCCUAUGCCGUCAUAAGCAGAGUUUGGUUUUUAUCAAGGUACUUGCUCAAGAGAUGCUGUUCAUGGUACAAUAAUAUAUUCGAGCAUGUCAAUCAAUUCGAGCCAGUUGGCCCUACCUGGCUUCCUAAGAAUAAUGAGCUUCCAGAGAAUUUGAAAACCUGGCUUGAUUUACCAUGGCUCGAUCAAGUCACGGAUAGUGUUCCAUUAAAGGAUGAUGGAAAGGAAACCAUAUUUGGCCUGAUAAAAGCGCAGAUUGACGAUCCAAACGAUUCAAGGAUUGAAGACCAAGACUUUGAAUCAACCUCAAUGUCAAUUAAAGCCUCUGACGACAUACUGACAAAAGAAAAUGAGAUUCCUCAACACGAGAAUAAAGUUCCUACAGUAAAAUACAAAAUACCGCCUACCGCAGACGACAUCGGAAUGUCAAUAGAUCGUGAAACCUUUAAGCAGAAUCUCACCAUAGAAGUUGGAAAUAUUGGAAAAAAAAUGAAGAAAAAGCCGAAUUUGAAACGAAAGAUUGAAAACACAUCAUCUCAAGAAAGAAAUCCCGAAAAUCGUGAAAGCACGUCGGUAAAAUCUAAGUCGAAAAAGUUGAGACUAUCUGAAGUGGUUGUAGAUAUUUCUGCACCGAUUUCUAAAAAACAGAAGAAAAAGCUUCGCAAAUCACAGGCAAAAAAAUUACUCGAACUAUCGUCUAAAAGUGUAAAUAAAAUGAAAAUACGAGAAGAAAAAGCAAAGCUAAAGAAUGUUCAAAAGAAAGUGAAAAAACAAACCAAAUUUGACAAUUCCGAUGGGAUAAAGAAAAAAAUAUUGAUUAAAAGAUCUCGUCAUCGUAAACAAAAUUUAGUAACUAAAGUAGAUUAGACUCGUGUUUACAUCUGCUCUUUGACGACGUGUGAUAUUUAUACCUCGACUGCAAUGCAUAACUAAAAUAUUAUAAUUUAUAAAUUUUAAUCUAGAAUACGAAACUUUCCGGAAGAAUCCGAUAUUUCUGCAUAAUUUCUCGAAAAAAGACUGUCAUUUUUCGGCCAAAUUGUCUCGGGAAAAUUUUGGAUUAUUUUCCAAAACGUUUGGAUUACUUUUAAAAAAAGUUCGAGUUAUCAACCAUUAUGCCCAAUUGGGAAUGAUGUAAGUAAUUUGAUAAGUCAAGCGCAUAAAUUUAUUUUCAACCGGUCAUUACCGUGCAAAAAACAUUAUUCCAAAUACGGUAAAACAACAACUUCAAAAAAUAAAUGAGUAAGAAUAAGACAGCCGUUAUACUUACAUUUGUGGUUCGAUCUAAAACCGCUUGCGGGGAAAAAUCCAAAGUAAAUAAAACGGUACCGAGCUCUUUCAAGGAAAGAUCGAUCUCGCCUAACACUGUUAUCGUCGUAUAAUCUGAUGCAAUAAUGGUUAAAACUGUACAUAAAAAAAAUUCUUGUUGCGAAAUAAAAAAGUACUUCGUUAAAAC